CUUCAUUUCAAUUCUCGGCAAACACUCACCGUAGCUGACGCUUUUGCGAUGGCAGAGCUUUCUGUUUCUCCUUCUGAGGUCAUUGUUCGCCGGGAUGUCAAUACAGAUUUCGAAGUGCAGCCAAGAAUUACGGCUCAGGCCAUUGCCGAGCAUAAGUGCACCUACUGUGAUGAAAAUAGCUGGAUCUAUAUGGAAGAUAUCGAGCAACUAAGAUUGAGCAAUCACCGUCGAUGUCCGCUACUUCGUCUUGCGUUGGCUUGUUUUGAAUGGGUUAAUCCAGGCUUGUUCGAGCUUGGUUAUGCUGCUGCUGUUGCCGUGCAAGUAAGGAAUGAUGGUUGUAUAGAACUAGAAGUCAAGAAUGACCUGGGAGAAAGUCUUUUUCACAUCAUAGAUUAUUUGAAAAUAGUCGACUGUACUGGAAUAGCACACACUCUUGGAGAGUCGACUGGGCAGAAGAUACUUCCUGGCCGAACAUCCUCUGACUCGACGUUUUCGACCAUAAAUUGGUGGUUAGAGAAUUGCCUUUCUAAUCAUCAUGUCUGCGCUCAACCUUUACCUGGUACCUCUCGCGACUCUUUAGCUGGCAUCCGAUUUCUUGAGAUUCGACAAAAGUCUGUUCGCUUACGUGAACUUCAACAGUCGGCUCGUUAUGCAUGCCUAAGCCAUUGUUGGGGCUCGGGUCAGGAAAUCACUAAGACAGUAGAAGAAAAUAUUCAACAGCAUGAGGAGAAGGGAAUCAUGUUAGAUGUACUUCCCAAAACCUUCCGAGAUGCUGUUCAAAUCUGUCAAAAGCUCGGCAUUGGCUAUGUUUGGAUUGACAGUCUUUGCAUCAUCCAAAAUAGUCCAUCCGAUUGGGCCUAUCAAGCUAGUCGGAUGGCUGACGUAUACCAAAACGCAUUCGUGACGAUUGCUGCGACUGCGUCCGCAAAACCUACUCAAGGCUGCUUCAAAGAAACGCAUCGUGUCUAUCAGGGUGAAAUCCUCCCUGGAUAUGAGGACUUGCAUGUUCGACUUCGAACUCCGGAUCGACGUUUUUGGCAGGACAACGAUAUGCGUAAAGACUAUCCAUUAUUGGAGCGCGGAUGGACAUUUCAGGAACUGAGUUUGUCAUCUCGAAUUGUCCACUUCUGCGCAGAUGAAGUCGUUUGGCAAUGUCGACAUGGAGUGUUUCGCGAAAGCAGUCCAGGCAAAGACAUGGCUUAUUUCGUUCGGCUCUAUCCUCGGACAUACGAGCAGUACGAUACUGAGCUCUUGCUCAAACAGUGGCAUGAAGUCAUUCAAGUAUACACCGAGCGAGAAUUAACGUUCCAAAAAGAUCGGUUGCCUGCAAUCGCCGCGAUAGCGAAGCAUAUGCAGAAUUCUCGCGGCAGUAGUCGCUAUCUAGCGGGGCUAUGGGAGGACACUCUGCUUCAAGAUCUUUUAUGGUGUGCUCCAAACUCUAUGGAAAGUUAUCGAGAGUUUGACCCAAAUGCACAUCGUAGUGUGCCUACUUGGUCGUGGGCACAUGCUUGUGGAUGGGUGUACUGGCCAUACAGACCGGACACGGACACUCAAACGCUAUCCAAUAUAGUGAAAGUUCUUGCGGUCAAAUACGCAGUACAUGGCCCGGUCCUUUCCGGAAACAUAACACAAGCGCAAAUUGAACUCCAAGCGCCACUUAUUAAAUUGUCCGAGAUACGUUUGAUCAUAAUGCAUUCGUCCACGGGAGAAACAAGCAUGGAUUUCUGCCAGUCUGAAGUUGAUGCGUUGUACACCACGGCGAUUGAUGUCCGAAACAUUGCACCAACAAGCACUCUGUUCGACUUCGUAGCAUCAUAUCAUAAUUGGGAUCACCAUGGUUGCGACAAUGAGUUACAGCUUAUGCAUGACGACAGCUCGUUCGUUAUCCCUCUCGGGACUAUACGUGAAUUUACCAGUAUUAUCGGGGGUUUUCAGUCUGCACUGAUAGUUCAAAAGGUAGAUGGAGAGAAUCGUUUCAGGAGGUUGGGUGUGACUUCCUUCUGUUUUUACGGUUGUAACGUGAUACGCUUUGCGAGCGAAUCUCUACGGGUCCAUGAAACAGAUACAUCAUUCUACACAGUUUGGUAUGAGCAAGAGAUGGUCAAGAGGUUGUUAAGCAUGGAAAAGCACAACAUCACGUUGAUAUGAUCAACGUGCGACGUCGAGCGGUAAAUACAAACCCGAGUUGAUUCACAGAGGUUAAGCUUUUUCACUGUUUAGUAGUUUUGUAUGUUAUCUUGUUGAUCGUAAUUGCACUGACAUUUAUCCAACCUCUCAG